AUGUAUAACAAAAUAUCCAAGCAGGCCGCUAUACUUCUGCAAUCACCUGAAUUAAAGGCUGGCUUGGCAGCUCUUCCCCAUUGGAAGUACGCAAAUGGGGCUUUGUUUAGAGACUUCCAGCUCCGCGACUUUGAAUCAACAUGGUCGGUUCUAAACCAAAUUGCACUGAGAUCACAUUUAUGGGGCCAUCACCCGACUAUAACUACUACUUAUAACAAAGUCUCACUUAUUCUCACGAACCAUGACUUGGGAGGGGUGACUGAUAUUGACAUGAAGAUGGCUAGACGUAUAGAAAAGUAUAUUUCAGAAGAACUUUAA